AUGCAAUUUAUCAAGCUAGAGACUAGCAUCCCAAUUCCGCUCGUCAUUGCAUGGGGAACGUCAGAUGAUAAUCCUCUGGGAUUAGGAACAUUCAUUAUUAUGGAGUUUAUUGAAGGCGAGUCCCUCGGGAAGAUUCUUGAGGGGCGUCCUGAACCUGAGCACGGCGCAAUUUUGAGGUCCGACAUCGACGACAACGACCUAGAAACCGUAUACCGCCAAGUAGCAGACAUACUCCUGCAACUUUCAGAGCGCGACUUUUCUCAAAUAGCUAAAUGA